AUGGCGUUGUUGAGGUGUUUUCUUCGCUCCGGGAAGGUGGUUAACCUGCGCACCAUAAGGCCUUUGGAUGUGGACACCAUUGAGGCCAGUGUGAUGAAGACCGGCCAUCUGUCACAGUGGAGGGGGGCUGGCCCCCAGUACGGAGUGGGUGCUGAGAUCUGUGCCAGAGUCAUGGAGGGCCCAGCCUUCAACUACCUGGAUGCCCCUGCAGUCCGCGUGACCGGUGUAGACAUCCCCAUGCCCUACGCUAAGAUCCUGGAGGAUCACAGUGUACCUCAGAUCAAAGACAUCAUCUUCUCAGUCAAGAAGGUUUUGAAUAUGUAAACAUACCAAAUGUCUCCUUCCCACCCCUCCGUUCCUUGCAGACCAACCUUAUUUACCUUCUAAGUAUUGACUUAUACAAUAGUAAGUACUGCAGGAUGUAGAAGAAUAAGACCUUAACAAUUUCCCUUAGGUAAAAGUCCCCCAAUGAAGAUGGUAAAUUAUACAUAUGG